GUUAUGUGAUAAUGUUCGCUGAUUGUACAGCUCUAAAAACAUUCAUUUAAUACACAAAAUUCAAUUAUAUUGCAAACAUCUCCGGCGUCAUGAGGCUGCUAGUGCUAACUUUGCUGUCGUUAGUGAUUUGGGCCAACGCCCAAAAUGAGUAUCCAGAAACGAUCACUGGAACUUUUCCUGAAGAUUUCCAAUGGGGUCUGGCAACUGCAUCCUAUCAGAUUGAAGGUGCUUGGGAUGUUGAUGGCAAGGGUGAAAACAUUUGGGAUACCUUCACACACAGAGUCGUAUCUCCGAUUUACGAUGCAUCAACUGGAGAUGUUGCUUGCGACUCUUACAACAGAUACCAAGUCGACGUUCAACUUCUUAAAAAUAUGGGGGUGGACUUCUACCGAUUCUCAGUGAGUUGGUCGCGUGUUCUUAGCACAGGCAGAUUAGCUGGCGGUGUCAAUGCAGCAGGAAUUACUUACUAUAAUAACUUAAUUGAUGACCUCAUCGCUAACGACAUUGAACCGAUGAUCACAAUUUAUCAUUGGGACUUGCCGCAAGCCCUCCAAGACGUGAACGGAUGGCAAAAUGAUACCAUUGUCAAUGCAUUCGAAGAGUAUGCCAACUUGCUGUUUAGUAAUUUCGGUGAUCGUAUCAAGAAAUGGAUCACGUUCAACGAGCCAUGGGUUACGUGUGUUUUGGGUCAUGGAAAUGGCGAGCACGCUCCUGGAAUUGUACAACCUGCCACAGCACCCUACUUAUGUGCUCACAAUGUUCUAAGAAGUCACGGUCGGGUCUAUAGAUUGUACGAAAGAACAUACAAGGCUGCUCAAAAUGGUCUUGUUGGUAUUACGCUCGACUCUGCUUACUAUACUCCCAAAGACCCAGAAAAUGACGAGGAUGUGAAAGCGGCGGAACGUGCUGUUACAUUUAAGCAUGGCUGGUUUGCACACCCUAUUUUCAAGGGUGGUGACUACCCACCGAUCAUGAGAGAGCUGAUUGACAGUAAAAGUGCUGAAGACAAUUUGACUCUAUCGCGCCUUCCAGUAUUCACAGCUGAUGAGAUACAGGCAAUUAGUGGCUCCUCCGAUUUCCUUGGAUUCAAUCAUUACACAACCGAGCUUGUUGAAUCAUCCAUACGAUCUGAUCGAUCUUGGAAUGGUGAUCAAAAUACUGCUACCAGUCACCAUCCGGAUUGGCCACCGAGUGCCGCAAGCUGGUUAAAGCAUGUGCCUUGGGGAUUCCGGAAGCUACUCAAUUACUUCAAGGACACGUAUGCUAAUCCAGUGGUUUACGUUACUGAAAAUGGAUUUGCUGACACCGAAAAUGAAAGAUUGAACGAUGACGGGCGAGUCAGAUAUUAUCGCGAAUACAUCAAUGAAAUGCUCAAAGCAGUUACAAUCGACGAUUGCAACGUUAAGGCUUACACUGCAUGGAGUUUAAUGGACAAUUUCGAAUGGGCACGUGGAUACUCUGAACGGUUUGGUAUUCAUUGGGUGAACUUCACACAUCCAGACCGGCCAAGAUAUCCGAAGAAAUCAGCCAUUGAAUUGAAGAAAAUUUUUGCGGACAAUGGAUUUCCAGCCGAGACUAGCGGUAGCACCAAACUGGUUGUGGGUGUUAUGUAUGGAUUCACUGUUGCUGUUUUCAUGUUCGGGCGAUUAUUUUAGUUGUUUUUAGUUCAAUAAUAUUUAGAUGUUCCAUUGAAUAAAUAAUUUAUUCCGCAUGAA